UCAUUAUUGACAAAUAGCUCUCAGAAAUCGUACAAUCAACCAAUCAAUUAGUUGUAGUUUCGGAAUUCAAUUACAUUAUGAAUUAAAAUAUGGAUCGUACACUUUUUAUUGAUAAUCUGACGUUAGGAAUAGUGAAAUAUUUUGAGAAAUUACCAUGCGUAAAAUCAACAGUUAUAUCAGAAAAAGCUCAUGUUCAAGAAGCAGCUCUUACAGCAUGGGAACAGAAGAAUGGCUGUACAUUACCGCAAGAUUUAAAAAACUUUUACCUAGCUACCGAUGGUUUACAAAUAAAAUGGUUUUGGAAGCAAAGAGGAGAAACUUUACCUUGUGGUGUUAUAGAAAUAGCGAGACUAAGUCACUUAAAAAGUAUAGGACCAAAAAGGCAAAGUGCCAAUUCAGAACUUCCAAGCCUUUUGGACAUUGAAAGUGAUUCUGACGAUGUUUAUGAUGGACAUUCAAAACCAAAAUUCAGAGAUGGAUGUAAAAUAUUUGUAAUUGAUCAUUGUCAAGGUAUUGGGAAAGUCUGUUUAAUUUAUCCUAAGCGAAGAGAUUCUUCUGGUGAUGGAAAUUUACAACAGCCAUCUAUCUGGUUUUUGGAUAGAGCACUUGAUUUUCAUUAUCUCACUUCAGAUUUUGCAUCCUACUAUAGAUUAGCUUUAGCCCAUUUAGGAAUACCUCAAUGGCAAUUACUUUUUACUCCGUAUGGACCACCAGUGAAAACUAGACUGCUAUUGAAUAUGUUUGCUCCAGAACGACUUGUGCAAAAAAUCCCAAAUCCUUAAUUUGUUUUGUGUUGUCAUAUUUCAAGAUCUUUAUUAUAUGACUGAAAAAUUCAAAAUGUAUGUAAGGACAAUGAUGUAUAUAAAUCUAAGAAUACCA